GCUCUCUCGAAGAUUUUUCACGAAACUUUCAUCGAUCUGUUUUCCUCUCUCUCCCCGUCGCAGUGAACCCAGUCCAAAUCACUCUUGCUCUCCACUCGAAUCAACAAAUUUCUCUCGCUCUCCUUGCACUGAAAUCCAAAACCAAACAGAUAGAGAUACGUUUCCUGCUCAAAAUCUCAGUUUAUUGUUUUGAGGUGUCGUUGGUAAGCCUGGAUCUUUUCUUUGAAAUACAUGUUGUGCUUGAUUUAGAUGGAUGCAAUUGGGCUUUAUUUGACGGUAUUUGUUGUCUUUUGAUGCGAUGUAGAAGGGGCUUGAUCAGGUUUCGGUGUCGUUGGGUUUCGAAUAAUCGUGCUAGACCAAUCGGAUAAUUGUGUUUUGAGUUGGUGAUCUGCUACAAGUAAAUCCAUCGUACCUGGGUUUAGAAGAUAAACGUGUUAGAUCAAUCAGGUGAUGGGUUUAUGCUUUGAUUGUUGCAUGUUCUUCAAUGUGAUCAAUUGAGGAAAGUUCAUGUUAUAAUUCUAUUUUUCUUUUUCUUUUUUUUUUCCCUUGGCUGAUUGCCACAAGCCUUGAUAGAUCUUUUAAGAUUCAAGAGAAUUAGAUUAGGGAAGUUGAUGUAGGUGUUUCUGAUUUUUCGUCUAGAUGAUUAAUGAUUUCUGAUGCAAUUUUUGAGAUCUACAUGUUUCUACCUGAUCAAGAUUUGGCUUUGAUUUUGCUCUCUGUUGCUAUUGCUUUCUGUUUCUAGCUGCUGGAUACCAAUAGAGUUGAUCAUCGCUAAAUUCACUCUACCUAUUCAAAUCCUCAGCUCUAUUUCAAAAGUGCAAAUUACUUAGCAGCAACAGAGAAGCAAACAAUCAUUUAUCUGCUGUCUGCCAAAGCUAACUAAAGCUUCAGAUUAUAUGCAAAAGCGUUUACACAUCGUUCUGCUGCCACUGUUCCUUUGUGUAUUGGUUAACACUAUCUUGAUCUCUUAUUCUUAUUCAGAUUGUUGGAACAGUGUGCAGUCAGGUUGUUCAACUGCUUUGAAUUCAGUUAUGGCUCCAAAGACGAGGUGGACAAGAAGUAAGAGAUUGUUACAGGAGUAUGAAGAUGAAAAUCAUAAUGCUGAAAGGGAAGUCCUAGAAAUAUCUAAUGACCAAAUUGUAAUUGGUAGUAUAUCUGAAACUGGAACCGCAGUUUCUGGUAGGGACGAAGACCAUCAAAUUCAUCCAAGAUCAAGGCGUGCAUCUGAGUUGAGGAUGAGAAAAAGGGACCGACAUUUAGACACUCAAUACAGUGCUGGGAAUGAUGAUGCCAGUCGAUUUCAACAAUGUCGCAAGAGAUUUAUAAGCAAUCAACAAAACACUGCUGCAAUUUCAAAUCAAAGUUUUUCUGGGACCUCACAAUGUUUAGACAGAGGCAGUUCUUCUCAACUUCCGAACAGUGAUGAAGUUGAAGGUCAAUCGUCGCAUCGUUUUGGUCAGGCAGUGUAUCAAAAAAGUAGAGAAGGAUUGAUCGUCACGUAUGAAGAUUCAGGUGAUAAUAAUCAUGUAUGAUAUUAUUGCAACGCAAGUUUCUGGUUUGGAGAAGCUAAUAAACAAACAUCUUCAAAUGCGCCUCUGAUUUAUCCAAAUUGUUGCAAAAAAGGUCAAAUCAAACUUCAGCAACUCAAACCAGUGCCAAAUUUUCUUGAUACAUUAUUAGAUCCAAAUAAUGGUCCAGAAAGCAGAG